UCUACAACGCCGGCGACAAUGGCCACCGGGAGCCUCCGCUCUCCGGCCCCCCUCCUCCCCCUCCUGCUCCUCCUGCUCCUCCUCCUCCUCGCCGCCGCCGCCCCCGCCCCCGCCUCCGCCGACGACUCCGCCGUCAUGUCGGCGAUCCUCGCCGCCCUCAAGCCGCCGGGCUGGUCCUCCGGCCAGGCCUACUGCAGCUGGAAUGGCGUCAACUGCGACUCCUCCUCCCGCGUCACCGGCAUCAGCCUCUCUUCCGCCUCCCUCUCCGGCACCCUCCCCUCAGAUCUCUCCUCCCUCUCCCAGCUCCAGACCCUGUACCUCCAGAAGAACUCCCUCUCCGGCGCCGUCCCUUCCUUCUCCGGCCUCGCCUCCCUCCGGUUCCUCUACCUCGACAACAACAGCUUCACCUCCGUCCCCUCCGGCGCCUUCCAGGGCCUCACCAGCCUCCAGACCCUCAGCCUCAGCGACAACCUCGACCUCGACCCCUGGCCGAUCCCGCCGGAGCUCAGCGCCUCCACGUCCCUCGUCACCCUCUACGCCGACAACGCCAACAUCGCCGGCCCGAUCCCGGACUUCCUCGGCUCCCUCCCUAGCCUGGUGUAUCUGAGGGUCUCCUAUAACAACCUCACCGGGCCCCUCCCGUCCUCCUUCAACGGGUCGGCGAUCCAGUACCUCUGGCUCAACAACCAGGCGACGGGGCUGUCCGGCGGCAUCAACGUGCUGGCCGGGAUGAGCCAGCUGUGCCAGGUCUGGCUCCAGAACAACCAGUUCACAGGUCCGAUCCCCGAUCUCUCGAAAUGCGGUAAUUUGUUCGAUCUCCAGCUUAGGGACAACCAGUUCACUGGGGUUGUGCCCGCCUCGCUGUUGGCCCUCCCCAGCUUGCAAAAUGUGUCCUUGGAUAAUAAUAAGUUGCAGGGUCCUGUCCCUAGUAGUAGUAGAAUCAACAUUACUUCUGAUGGUACCAAUAGCUUUUGCAACACUGCGCCGGGCCCUUGUGAUCCACAGGUUGCUACAUUGCUUGAGAUCGCCGGUGCGUUGGGGUAUCCGAUCACGCUUGCGGAUUCUUGGGCAGGGAAUGAUGCUUGCCAGAGCUGGAGUUCCAUUUCUUGCCUUGGGAAGAAUGUGACCACUGUUACUUUCUCGAAGCGGGGGUUUAGUGGGACCAUCUCUCCCGCGUUUGCGAAUCUCACCUCCCUCCGCACGUUGCUGUUGAAUGAUAAUAAUCUGACCGGCUCUAUUCCGAAUAGCUUGACUACACUGACUCAGCUUCAGGUUCUUGAUGUGUCGAACAAUAAUCUCAGUGGGUUGAUACCGGUUUUCCCAGCCUCAGUGAAAUUGACUACUACUGGUAAUCCGUUAAUUGGUAAAUCGAGCUCUGGUGGCGGAAGCCCCGAUUCUUCAGGAACGAAUUCGACUACUGGCGGCUCACCUGGAACGUCAAAUGGUUCUUCCCUUUCAGGCGGUGUGAUUGCUGCUGUUGUCAUAGGCGUCCUUAUUUUCAUUGGGGUGGUGUUGUUUGUCUUGUACAAAUUCUGUUACAUCAACAGACGACACGGUAAAUUUAAUAGGGUGGAGAAUCCUGAAAUCGGGAUGGAAGCAGCUAAGACUGGAGCUGUGAAUGGUGUGAAUGGGCAUGGUGGGCUUCCAAGUGAAUUGCAUAGCCAAAGCAGUGGGGACAAUAGUGAUUUUCCUGUUUUUGAAGGAGGAAAUGUUGCGAUUUCAAUUCAAGUCCUUAGACAAGUGACUCAGAAUUUUAGUGAAGAGAACAUAUUAGGAAGAGGUGGUUUUGGUGUUGUUUACAAAGGGGAGUUGCACGACGGCACCAAAAUUGCUGUUAAAAGAAUGGAAUCCGUGGCAAUGGGCAACAAGGGAAUGAAUGAAUUCCAAGCUGAGAUUGCGGUACUUACAAAAGUGAGGCAUAGGCACUUAGUCGCGCUUUUAGGGUAUUGUAUCAAUGGGGACGAGAGGCUUUUAGUGUAUGAAUAUAUGCCACAAGGGACUCUCACUCAACAUUUGUUCGAGUGGCAAGAGAAGGGGUGCGCACCUCUGACUUGGAAGCAAAGGGUGACAAUUGCUUUGGAUGUUGCUAGAGGAGUGGAAUACCUGCACAGUUUAGCCCAACAGAGUUUUAUCCAUAGGGAUUUGAAGCCAUCGAACAUACUCCUGGGAGAUGACAUGAGAGCCAAAGUUGCUGACUUUGGUUUGGUUAAAAAUGCUCCCGAUGGGAAGUAUUCCGUGGAGACACGUUUGGCUGGAACUUUUGGGUAUCUAGCUCCCGAGUAUGCAGCCACUGGAAGGGUAACUACAAAGGUUGACGUUUAUGCAUUUGGUGUUGUCUUGAUGGAGAUCAUUACCGGUAGAAAAGCAUUAGACGACACCAUGCCGGAUGAGAGGGCUCACUUGGUCACUUGGUUCCGUAGAGUAUUGAUUAACAAGGAAAACAUCCCGAAAGCUAUCGACCAGACUCUCAACCCCAAUGAAGAAACCUUAGAGAGUAUAAUCAAAGUUGCUGAGCUGGCAGGUCAUUGCACUGCUCGGGAACCAUUCCAAAGACCGGACAUGGGCCACGCUGUCAAUAUCUUGGGUCCCCUCGUGGAGCAAUGGAAACCAACUAACCAUGAAGAAGAAGAAAGCUCCGGUAUCAACCUCCACAUGAGCCUUCCUCAAGCCCUGCAAAGAUGGCAAGCUGACGAAGGCACUUCCUCCAUGUUCAACACCAUGUCCUUCUCCAAUACGCAGUCUAGCAUUCCCCCGAAACCUUUGACGUUUCCAGACUCGUUUAGCUCAACUGAUUGCCGGUGAGGAAAGUAAUUGGUCUGGUUGGCCAUGUAAAGUAUCUGUUGAAAUGGGUUGCCAGCGGAAAGAGAAAUUAAGAUGCUCUUGUGAAAAAAGUUGGUUUAAGGCUGUCAAAAAUAGACAAUGCAGCUGGCUGUAUGAGCAAGUGGUCAUGAUUGGUACCGUGCGAUUUUGCUUAGUGUAUGUUUUCCUUCCAAUCCUGAGUCGGUACGAGUUCACCGUUUCUUUUUCCCCCCUUUUGUAUAUGUAUGAUCUUUUCGUUUUUUUUUGCAUUCUUGGAUUUUUUGGGGAAAUGAUUGAUUUGUGGAUUCUUUUCAGAGAAAGCAAUAUUAAAUUUGCCUGGAAUUAUGUUCCUACGCUC